UACCCUAUUCAUCCCGACUGUGACUAUCCUCGAAUAAAGAGCCUCUGUUCUAGAAACUCCCAUAUACGGAAGUCUUUACUAUGAAACGAAAAGAAUGCCAUUGAUCUUAUUGUCUUCUUAGAUCUGGUUUGUCUGCGGUAAAUCGGUUAGAACCGUAUUGUAGGGAGUUGUAAUUGGUAACAUAAAAAAUCAUCACCACCAACCUACCUUUUCGUCCCGCCUACUUGUGUCAGGUCAUAGACACACCUUUAAUAUGGCAACCACACUGCCACGACCGCGCCCAUCGAAUGGCCCGCCAACCGGUGCCCUACCGGCUCUACCCAUCGCAAAGACCCGGAAAAGUACUGGCACCUUAGCGACUCAUCAUGGUACGCCUAAGAGUGGCCUCCGAGCACCUUCCGCGAACUAUCCCGGCCCUCCUCCGUCUCCCGCGCCAACGACGGCCCUUCCAGUCCCAAGAAGCUCACAUGGGAUUAACAGCGCUGGAAAGACCAUUAGGAAAACUGUGAGCAUAAAUUCGUUUCCUCAACCGCCGAGCCGCACAAGCCUCCCAAGCCCCUUAUCUGGGGCUGUGACCCCAUCGAGGAAAUCACGGACACCUCAACCAACCUCUAAGAUGGCCCAUAUGGGCAGUGGAGUACCAAGUUUAUUAAAUGGUAGCGGUGAGGGUAAGUCACUUCUCGGCGGAGCCGGCGCGAGGAAUUCGGAUGGACUUAUUAGUAUUUCGUCUCCUCCACAAAGCCGAAGUUCUUCUGCGCAAGAUUCAUAUUCUACGUCGGCAACAACAUAUGACGAUCUAGCUGAUACAUCGGGUACUUCAACCGUUGAUAAGCGUUCCUCUAAAGGGAUGGAGGGAAAGGGUAACGUCAUCGUCAGUGUCAGGGUGAGGCCUGAUGCAGGAAGUAGCAACGGCAGCCCAGAGGGUGAAUGGAUGGUAGAUGGCCGCAGGUCUUUAGUAGCCUAUCGCGGCCGCGAAGGGGGCGAUUACUACUACGAUAAUGUCUUCACGACGCAUGACGACAAUAGUAGAGUCUACGACCACAUUGCCAAGCGCCUAGUUCGUCGGGUUAUGGAAGGGUACCAUGGUACUGUAUUCGCAUAUGGUAUGACGGGCACCGGAAAGACAUUUUCCAUGCAAGGAACCGCGUCGUCUCCUGGUGUGAUUCCUCUUGCUAUAACGGACAUUUUCUCAUACAUCCGAGAGACCCCUUCCAGAGAGUUCCUAUUACGUGUUAGCUACCUGGAAAUUUACAAUGAGAAGAUCCACGAUCUUCUGAGCAUGGCCUCCGGCAAUGCCCCCGGAACAGGUGCGCAAGAGGAGAUCAAGUUACGGGAGGACAGCAAGCGGGGUGUCUACGCCACUCCACUGAAAGAGGAGAUCGUCCAAAGUCCCACCCAACUUUUACGAGUGAUUGCCCGUGGUGAUCAAGCCCGUAGGACCGCGAGCACGCAAUUCAACGCUAGGAGCUCUCGCAGUCAUGCUGUUGUGCAGAUUGUGGUUGAAAGCAGAGAGCGUAUACCUGGCGGAACGGGCGCCGACAAUAAACGUCAAGCCUUGCCACCUGGUGGAGUUCGUGUCUCUACACUCAGCUUGAUCGAUUUAGCAGGUUCGGAAAAAGCUGCCGAGUCGAAGGAGCGCCGGACGGAAGGUUCCCAUAUCAACAAGAGUUUGCUUACUCUAGGAACCGUUAUAUCCAAGCUGUCGGAACACAAGGAAAAGGACGGGAAGGGAGCAGACAAGGACGGGAAGCACUUACCUUACCGAGACAGCAAGCUGACUCGACUCCUUCAAGGGGCUCUGUCUGGCAACUCGUUGGUAAGUAUUUUGUGCACAAUUCAGACCGGCGCUGCUGGUAGUACGGCCUCCGCCAACACACAUGCAAAUGAGACGAUAAAUACCCUUAAGUUUGCGUCGAGAGCAAAGAAUAGCAUUGUCAGUCAUGCUAAACGAGCCGAAGAGGCUCUAGGCGCUGGAGGAGAAGGAGGAGCCAGGGUUCUCUUGGAACGUUACCGGAUGGAGAUUCUCGAGCUCAGAAACCAACUGGAGACUCAAGCCAAGUCCAAUACCGCCAAGGCUGAGGAAGAAGAGAGGGACAAAGAUGAGGAAGAGGAACGUGCUCGUGAAAAGGAACAAGAAGCAAGGCAUGAGGAGCAAAUACUGGAGAUGCAGCUAGCACGUACGGCAUUGAAGGAGCGAAUCGAUCAUCUGAACCGACUAAUCCUUAGCUCGAAAUCGACAGGAGUCAAUACUGGCGGGACGUAUAGUGCGUUGGGAAUUCACUCCAACUCCAGAUUUUCUCAAACAUCUAUCCGGACAUCCGUCACGACUUCUAACUGCAGUCGUUCUGUCCUGGAGAGAACCGCCUCCAUGAAUUCUUCCUCGUCUACUAUUGGCCGAAGAUCAAUAGGACAGCGGCGGUCCAGUAUAGGGGAACAAGCGUCGAAUGAGGACGAGGACAGUCUGGGUGAAUAUGGCGAUGGCACGGCGUCGAUGCAAGCCCAGAAUCAGGCUCUACAGGCAGAUCUCGCCGAUAAGAACCGAUAUAUCGCCACGCUCGAGAAGCGGCUCCUGCAAGCUCGUCGUGCUAGCUCCUCGCGAACUUCGGUCGGCCUCUCAGCCCCGAACAAGGGCAUUAUGGUUGGCGAAGAUCACAGCGUUUCCACCCUUAUGAAGGAGAAGGAUGCUGAGAUUGCAGAGUUGAGAGCAAGACUUGAUGACAAGGACCGGAUGUUAGCCGCUCUGCGGAGUGCGGCUCGUUCGAGAGAUGUUGCUGAGGGUAUUGAUUUUUCGAGGAGCGACCAUUCUAGGAACGAUACUCGCUCAUCACUUUUGUAUGAACAAGCAGCAAGCCCGCCGCCCCAAGGAGCUCUCCCCGAUCCACCGGUAUCCAAGGGUCACUCGCCGAUGAAGAAGCGAACCAGAAGCGUCGAUGAGAUGAGUCGCAUUCUAGACGAGAUGAUUCAGGACCGGGUCGAAGCAGGCGAUAUCGUCAGGGGCUCUCGGGGCAGCGUUCGGGUAGCUAACGACCGCAAACGCGAGACGUUAGCUGAAGCGAACAACGGGGACCUCGAACCCUUGCACGGAAACGAGUCGAAGCAAGUCGUGCUGGAGGCGUAGAUAUCCCCAUGUGCGAUUCAGGAGGCAGCAUCCAUCAUCUUUGCGAAUUAACGAGGCGUUCCGGUUAGGCGCUGCUUCUUCCGUUUGUUUUAUACCCGAUCCAAUUCAUCUGUUUG